AUGGCAGAAAAUAAGAAUGUGUCUUUUCCUCAUUCUUCUGGUUCUUCUCUUCAUACUCCGACCAGUCCAUAUAAUUUUGAUCAAAAUUCAGUUGCAUUGAGCCCGAGUAUAGAUGAUAAUCAUGAGAUGUCAUUGGGGUUGGAGUUUUCUUCAUGUAAUUGGAUAAAUAAUGUAGGGUCGGAGCAACUACCAACGAUGGAAGAGACUAGUUUGAGAAGGGUGAAUCAUAGUUUAUCAUUAACAAAUCCCAACGGUAACUUUGAAACUACACAAUAUUACCCUUCUUUCCCUCAAUUUAAUGUUCUCAAUGAUAAUUUUGAAACUCCACAAUUUUACCAUCCUGCUUAUACUCAAUUUAAUGAUCCCAACAAUAACUACAACAACAUGGGUGAUGCUUUUCUUUGUUCUCCUUCUACUCUUUCAACAACCCAUAACUCAUCUAAUGAUUCUAUUAGAUAUAACAAUGGUUUUCUCUCUGACGUCGUCAAUUCCAACUCCACUAAAACAACCAUGACAUUUGAAAACGGUUGUUCUUUUGACUCCAAUUUGAAUAAUCCUUCUCUCUUUCAUGAUCCUCAAACAUCACAUUUUUGCUCUCCUUCCACUUUUUCAAUGACUCAUAAUAAUGGUCAAUUUGCUGACUCCACUAGUUAUACUGGUUUGCUUUCUGACAUCCCUACCCAAAUGAUUAGACCACAUGUUCCAACAAUAUCUUUGUCAACGACAAAUUUGUUGCCAUCGUCAUCAUUACCGCCACAACCGCUAUUGUCGCAAAACUCAUUGAAGAUAAGAAACAACUCCACAAAUUGGAGCAUAAGGGAGCACAAAUUAUUUCUAGCGGGGAUGCAACUUUUAGGCCAAGGUGCAUGGAAAAAAAUUGCAAACUACGUGGUGAUUACAAAAACACACACACAAGUGGCUAGUCAUGCACAAAAGUAUUUUCUUCGUCAGACCUCACCAAAGCAUAAGAGAACAAGUAUUCAUGAUAUCACCACUGCCGAGCCUGAAUUUUUUGCUUUAGCGGAAGCACGUAUAGCGCAACACAUGAAGCGUCUCAACAACAAGGAUCAAUGA